AUGCCCAUCCAAAUAUUGCCUCCGGCUCCGGCUAUCUCGCUUGGGAAUGAAGGGGCCCAGGCGGUCGACAUUGAUGACGAGGGAGAUGUCGAUAUGGGAGGAUUAUCGUUGAAGACCGCCCUUGAAUCCCACGCCGCAAUUGUCACCCCUGGGGAGGUUAUCACAGAUGAUCCACAAUGGAUGCGUGGACAUGGCACCACGCAGGAAGAAGGUGAAUAUGCCAUCUGCAGCACGCUGGCAGGCACCCUGAUCAAAACCAACAAACUCCUCUCCGUCGCUCCGCUUCGCGCGCGAUACCGCCCAUCGAUCGGUGACCUUCUAGUGGGACGCAUCGUGCAAGUCCAAUCGCGCCGCUGGCUUGUCGAUGUUGCGGCGCCGCUCCUCGCACAGCUCCAAAUCGCCGCCAUCAAUCUCCCCGGCGGCACCCUGCGCAAGCGAACCGCCGUCGACGAGCUCAACAUCCGGAGUUUUUUCUCCGAAGGUGAUCUCCUCGUCGCCGAGGUACAAGCGCUGUAUCAAGAUGGUAGCGCCGUGCUGCAUACCCGAAGUUUGAAAUAUGGGAAACUACGGAAUGGAUACUUCAUGUCGGUGUCGGGCGCAGGGGGGUCGCUCGGUCCAUCGGGCGGCCGGAAGAAGGGCGGUGUCGUGCGGUCGAGGAGGCAGAUGUUUACUAUGACCACACCUGGUGCCGGUGGCGAGCUCGAUGUAAUCCUCGGCGUUAAUGGAUAUGUCUGGAUCGCGAUGCGGAUUGGGGACACGACGGAGGAGAAAGAUGUGGGGUUCAAUCGGAUGGAGGAGGUGGUGGGGAAGGAGAUGUACUCCAGCCAGAACGCAUCGAUUCCAGCGGCCACACGGAGAGAGAUCGCGCGCGUCGCCGCAGUGAUCAAGGCGCUUGUUGAAGUUGGUGUCCGGGUGGAUGAAGACAUGGUGGUGAAAGCGUACGAGGCAAGCCUGGAGCUGGACAUGGACGCGGAAAUGGAUGGCUACGGGACUACGGAGUUCAUUGGAGGCGAAAGAGCACGGCAAAUCGUGGAGAUCGCAUUGGAACGAAGCAAAUGA